AUGAACACGGAAUAUGACACUCCGGCUUCAAGCGCGCUGCAGUCCACACGCACAUCUGGAGACGACGCAGGGCGACACGGGAGUGGACUUCAGGGCUGCUUUGAAGACGAGUGGAAACCACGCAGGAGUGGAGGACUAAAGGGAGUCCAGUCUGUGCUGGCCGGCCCGCAGGCUCCUCUCUGCGGUCAUUGUGGGAUCGUCUCCAGCCAUGUGGAGCACCAACACCGGGGCUGUGCCACAGGACCGACCCGAGGAAGCAGCGCGCAGCCCCGCGCAGGAGAGCCGCCCCAGCACCGACACACACUCACGUCCAUGAGCUAUAGGGCGAACGCACUCAGCAAAGAUGGAAAAACCUGGUGGAGGCAGGACACAUCAAACACUCAGCACCACCUGAAGAACUGGAAGGUGAUGUUGUGGGUGGUGGCAUCAUUGCUGACUCUGGUGGAGGACGUUCUUUCGGAGGACGACAGCAACGAGGCUCAACAAGAGCUGCGGCAAGUCUUCGGGCAGCCAUCUUGGCACUCGGCGCAGGACCCUGACCAUGACGGUGGCAUCCACAUACCCUGGCCAGAAGACUUUGACGAGUGGGCGGCAAUGCAGGAAGAACAGUUCCAUCAGGGCAGAUGGCGUCGAUCACCACGUGACCCAAACUCUCCCAGAACUUCCAGAAGAGGCCGCAAGAAGACAAAGAACAGCCGGGACUGCUACAUCGAGAAGAAGCAGAUGCGAGUUCGGGAUCUGGGUCUGGGCUACGACUCAGACGAGAUCAUCCUCUUCAAGUACUGUGUGGGCACGUGCCACAGCGCCCGCACGAACUAUGACCUGGCCCUGAAGGCCUUGUCGGAAAAUGGGAACAUCGCAGGCAAAAAAGUGAGCAGUCACCCUUGCUGUCGGCCGACCCGGUACGAGACCGUGUCUUUCAUGGACACCCAGACAACGUGGCAGACCAUCAAGUGGCUCUCUGCUGCCAACUGCAGCUGUGUGGGCUGA